AUGGUGCGUCUGAGGGAGAUCCCCCGGACGGCCACCUUCGCCUGGUCCCCUGGUGCAGCAUCCCCAUUGAUUGCUACCGGAACUCGGGCCGGCGCCGUCGAUGUCGAUUUCUCAAAUGAAACAUGUCUUGAGCUUUGGGAUCUUGGAUUGAGUAGCCAAGAUGCCAGUCAGGAGCUGCAGCCCAUUGCCAAAAUUGGCACUGAUUCUGGAUUUAACGACCUGGCAUGGACAGAUUACGAGGACAACUCAAGGGGGGUGAUCGCUGGUGCACUGGAGAACGGCUCCUUGGAUCUAUGGGAUGCGGACAAGCUGAUCAACGGUUCGAGUGACGCUGUCAUUUCGAGAAUGACCAAACAUUCAGGGGCUAUCAAGGCGUUGCAGUUCAAUCCCAAGCACUCGAAUUUGUUAGCAACUGGUGGCGCAAAGGGAGAGCUCUACAUCUCCGAUCUCAACAAUAUCACGAACCCGUACCGACUCGGAAGCGCCGCUGCCCGCGCUGACGAUAUUGAAUGCUUGGACUGGAAUAAGAAGGUCGCACACAUCCUGGUCACGGGUAGCAGUGCUGGCUUUGUCACUGUCUGGGAUGUCAAGACGAGGAAGGAGAGCUUGACCCUGAACAACAUGGGCCGGAAAGCUGUUAGCGCAGUGGCGUGGGAUCCGGAGAAGCCCACAAAACUCAUUACUUCAACACCACUGGAGUCCGAUCCUCUUAUCUACGUUUGGGAUCUCCGCAAUUCCCAUGCCCCAGAACGGACCCUUAAAGGACACGAAUCGGGCGUGUUAUCGCUUUCCUGGUGCCCUCAGGACCCCGACCUACUUCUCUCCUCCGGCAAGGACAACCGCACUCUCUGCUGGAACCCUCAGACGGGACAAGCUUACGGAGAAUUUCCGGUCGUCACGAACUGGACUUUCCAGACUCGCUGGAAUCCACACAAUCCGAACUUCUUUGCCACCGCCUCGUUCGAUGGGAGAAUUUCGAUACAGACAGUUCAAAACACCCGUACUGAUACUGCUCGGGCUAUCGCUGAUCAGAACCAAGCUCUCGACGGCGCGGAUUUCUUCGCGAAGGCACAGACGCAACCCCAGGUGUCGAAUUUCUCGCUCCCGAAGGCCCCCAAGUGGCUCGAAAGACCUUGCGGCGCGUCUUUUGGCUUCGGUGGCAGAGUGAUUUCGGUCAGCCUAAUCGAGAAGGGCAAGCGUGCAUCGAAGAUUAAGAUCACUCCGUUCGAGGUUGACGAGACUGUCGCAAAAUCUACGGAGACGUUUGAGAAUGCCCUCAAGGAGGGUGACCUUCGGAGCAUCUGCGAAACCAGAGCUUCUCAGGCUGCGAGUGACGAGGAGAAGGCUGACUGGAAGGUCAUUGAGGCCUUGAUUUCAGAAAACCCUCGCAAGAGUUUGAUCGAGUAUCUCGGGUUCCAGGAUCAAGACGACGAAACUGCUGAUAAACUGGCCCAGCUUGGCCUGAAUAAGGAAGAAGACGAGGUGAACGGAAAGUCGGCCAAGGAAUCCCGCGGGUCGGGAGCCAAGAAGCACAAGCGCCUGCAGUCGAUGUUUGAUGCGAACCCUGAAGCUGACAACUUCCUGUCCGAUUUAGCUGCAUCGAAGGGAGCCAAGACCAACAACCCAUUCCAGAUCUUCAAUGGCUCUGAGACCGAAGCAGACAAGGGCAUUACUCGAGCUUUGCUUCUGGGAAACUUUGAAAAGGCACUCGAUGUGGCUUUGAAAGAGGACCGCAUGUCAGACGCGUUCAUGAUUGCAAUCUGUGGGGGCCAGAAGUGCAUCGAGAAGGCGCAGGAGCAUUACUUCUCGAAGCAAACCGAUGGGCCGAACUACAUCCGCUUGCUUGCAUCCAUUGUUGGCAAAAACCUCUGGGAUGUCGUGCACAAUGCCGACCUGUCUAACUGGAGGGAAGUCAUGGCUGCGCUUUGCACAUUUGCCGAUGACAAUGAAUUUGCCGAUCUCUGCGAGGCCCUUGGUGACCGCCUGGAAGAGCAGAUUCGAAACACCAAAGACAAGAGCCUCCGCAAGGACGCCUCUUUCUGCUUCCUAGCUGGAUCCAAACUCGAGAAGGUCGUUGCUAUCUGGAUCGAGGAGCUUCGUGAGAACGAGCAGAGGAGCAUUGAGACAGCUACAGACGACACUUCCUUCUCAAUCCACGUUCGUGCUCUGCAGAGUCUGAUCGAGAAGGUCACCAUCUUCCGCCAAGUUACCAACUUUCAAGAUACGGAACGUACCAAGGACGCCGACUGGAAACUCAGCAUGCUCUAUGACAAGUAUAUCGAGUACGCCGAUGUCGUGGCCACUCACGGACGACUGCAAGUUGCCCAGAAGUACCUCGACCUUGUCCCUGAGAAGCACCCUGAAGCCGAGAUCGCUAGGAACCGCAUCAAGCUGGCAAUGAGGCACGCUACACCUCAGCGCUCACAACAAACUGUUCCCACCACCAGGACACCCGUCAACAAGCCCUUGCCACAAGCCAGCAUGUACCCUGCGCAGCCCGCCUUCUCUGCACCUGCCGCUGCUCCCGCAGCUGCAACUACUGCUCCCCGGAAUCCUUAUGCUCCCCCAACGGCUGCUACGACGCAGCCCGUAAAUCCUUAUACUCCUCCCAGCGCAGCUGCGACCCAGCCGCAGACAAGCAACUCAUAUGCACCAAUUGGCGGUGGAGGUUAUACUCCCGCAGGAUAUCAGCCUCCCCAGCCGCCAACUUAUGGUACUCAGCCGCUUGGCGGCUCCGUUCCACCACCCCCUCGCGCUUCCAACCAAUCUCCUGCCACUGUGACCACAUACACCACAGCGACGAAUCUGCCAGCUUGGAACGACUUGCCGGAGGGCUUCACAAAACCUCCAACCUCCCGCAGGGGAACAUCCGCCACUGCCGCGGCAACUAUCAGCUCGCCUUUCCCCAACCAGUCUCCAACCCUUUCUCAGGGUCCGCCACCACCUGGAGCCCCGCCUACUCAGCGCGCCCCUUCAGUCCCUCCUCCACCAAAGGGCACGGCUCCUCCUCCCCGAGUGACCUCGCCACCUACUAACCCACCAGGCCCUUCAUCCGCGGCCAACCCCUACGCUUCCUUGCCUCAGUCCCCUCCAAUGGGCUCAACCAUGGGCGUUCCUCCCCCUCCGUCAAUUCCUCGGGGGCCAUCUCCCUACAACGCCCCACCUUCGAUGCCACCACCGUCGAACAGGUAUGCACCUAGCCCGGCAACUCAAGCAGCAAGCCCGCAACUCUCCACUAGAGCGCCUGUUCCUCCUCCACCGCAUGCAGCUGCUUCACCCUAUACUUCACAGCCAGGAUCGCAUCCUCCGCCAGCAAAUCCUUAUGCUCCUAGCACGCCACCACCAAGUCAAUUGCCGAUGCAGCAGGCGCCGCCGCCCCAGGCUACAUCCUCGAGGCCAAGCACCGCUUCGUCGCAACGGAAGGCUGCUCCCGCUCCUCCUAAGUACCCUCCCGGCGACCGCUCCCACAUCCCCGCAGACGCCAUGCCUAUUUACGAGAUCCUCUCCGCCGACAUGCAGCGCGUGAAGUCUCGAGCGCCAUCCUCCUUCAAAGCGCAGGUUGAAGACGCGGAACGCAGGUUGAAUAUUCUGUUCGACCAUCUGAACAAUGAGGAUCUGCUCAAGCCUAACACUGUCGCCGACAUGGCGGAGCUUGCUCGGGCUAUUCAGGCACGCGAUUACGAGACGGCCAAAACCAUCCACAUAGAUAUCAUGACGAACAGGACGGAGGAAUGCGGUAACUGGAUGGUUGGUGUCAAGCGUUUGAUUAGUAUGAGCCGGGCCACGCCUUGA